AUGUUCGACAUUGACCGUGUUUAUAAUACCCAAAAUGAUCGAGUGUGGGCAGUAGAUCGUGCUGAUGCCGAUAAAAAUGGUGGCACUCAGCAGAAACGAAAAUUCCCACAAAAAGUAAUGGUUUGGCUCGGUGCCUGUUCCAAGGGUCUCACACCCUUGGUAAUCUUGGAUGAAGAAACAGUCGAUCACACUGUUUAUAUCGAAAAAGUGCUUCCUGUUGCUUUAAAAUAUGGGAAUCAAUUUUUCGGCAGCGACUGGGUCUUUCAACAAGAUGGCGCCAAGCCUCACUCGCAUCAUUUAUCACAAAAAUGGUGUCGAGACAAUUUUCCAACAUUUAUUGAGAAAGACAGAUGGCCACCAAAUAGUCCAGAUUUAAACCCACUGGACUACUCAAUAUGGGAUCAGCUGGUCAACAACAUCAAUUGGAACAAAGUCUACUCAAAAACAACACUCAUUAUGGAAUUAAAAUUGUCGGUUAAAAAAAUUUCUGAAUCUGUUGUUUUUGAAAGUUGUGCGUGUUGGACCAAUCGAUUGUAUCGUCUUUACCAAAAUGAUGGAAGUUAUUUGCGUUAA